AUGGCUCCUCCAGCUGCUGUUUCGCAUCUCUCCCCACCUUCGCCGACCCUGGACAAUACGUCGAAACUGGCCAAGGCUGGCACGGCCGCAAUACUCGAGAAGCCUGCUUCGAAUGGUCUUCCAGUUGCAGAGCUCGAUGCCUCAAAGUUGACCAUUACCCGCAACUUGAACCCCAAGAAUGUGCCUGCCGCCAACUCACCAGAAGUCUGGUCGCAAAGCUGCACGACAGACCACAUGCUCACUGCUCGCUGGACGGAGAAAGCUGGCUGGGAAGCCCCUGAGAUUCGACCCUAUGGGCCCCUCUCCAUCAUGCCCACUGCCUCAGUCCUGCAUUAUGCCACCGAGUGCUUUGAAGGGAUGAAAGCAUACAGAGGUGUUGAUGGCAAGGUCCGGCUCUUCAGGGCCGACCGCAAUGCAAAGCGAUUCUUGCAAUCAGCGGCGCGAAUUUCGUUGCCUAGCUUCCCACCAGAGGAGUUUGUCAAGCUGUUGAAGAAAUUCGUCGGCGUUGAAGCAGCGAAAUGGAUUGCUGAACCAGGAUCAUUCAUUUACAUUCGACCUACAAUGAUAGCGACGGCACCUGCUCUUGGUGUGCAGAGACCAAAGGAGGCGAUGAUGUACAUUAUCAUGGUCAUGUUUCCGUCUUUGGACGACCCAAGUUGCAAACCUCCAUCUAUCCCUGCUCGACACAGCGCCGGCAAUAACGAAUCAAAACAUGUCGCAGCAAAGGGCAUGCGCCUCCUUGCCUCCCGACAUGACAUGAUCCGAGCCUGGCCGGGCGGAUUCGGCAACGCGAAAGUUGGGGCAAACUACGGACCCUCGCUCGUCGCGCAGGGAGAAGCGCGAGCCCGGGGGUACGAUCAAAUCCUGUGGUUGUUUGGAAACGAAUGCUUCGUCACCGAAGCCGGUGGGUCUAACUUCUUCGUCUUGUGGCACAAUCGGGAUACUGGACGGAAGGAGCUAGUAACGGCACCAUUGGGAGACGGAGUUAUCCUGGAGGGCGUCACGCGCGCUUCGGUGCUGGAGCUCGUCAGGUCUGGAGUCGUCGGGGACGGCGAUGUGGACGUCAUAGAAAGGAACUUCACCAUGCACGAACUCCUCGACGCACAGAAGGAAGGCAGACUCCUCGAGGCGUUUGGAGCAGGAACGGCUUUCUUCAUCGCUCCGGUGCAGGAUAUCCAUUUCCGUGGCAUGGAUCUCGUCUUGCCGCUGGGACUGGGACAGGAUGAAGAGAACGAGAACGGCGCAAAGACUAAUGGAGCCGGAGCCGCGGGCUUUGCCCUGGCUGUCAAGAAGGCGCUGAAGGAUAUCAUGUAUGGGCGGCUCGAGCAUGAGUGGGGCGUCGUGGUUGAAGAAGAGAAGGAGAGCGCCUGCGAAUGA